ACUAUACAAGUAGUCAUAUUCUGGUUGGCAUUUUAGUGCCGACCAGCUAUAGUCACACCAAAGUGGGAAUUCUGUUUUAUUUUUGGGGAUUUUACAGAAAUUGCGUCGUGCCUUCUUGCUUGGUUACUUAAUUCGUUGAAUUGCAUUGUUGAAAGGCCAAUAACCAGCGGGAAAUGGUCUACGUGAACUUAAUGCUAGGUCUGGGUAUGGUUCUGGUAUCCGUUGCCACGGCCUUCUAUCUCAACAGUCGCCACACGUUGGAGCCCAGGUUGGAGCCCAGACCGCGUUGCGCCGUGUGCCUGGAGGAAAUGUUUUAUGGCGACAUGCACUACAUGAAGUGCGGACAUGCCCUGCACAAAGCCUGCUUCCAGGAGUUCCGCUAUGUUAAUAAAAACUGCUUUGUCUGCAAUAAGUUGAUCAAUGCCAAUUUACCCGGCGACUUGUGCACGAUUUGUUUUGAUCCCCUAUAUAAAUCGAACAUGAGCCAUCUAAUUUGCAAUCACGCUUUGCAUACAAAGUGCCUCAAGGAGUAUGUGGAUAAGGGGGCCCGCAACUGCCCGGUCUGCAGAAUGGAACUCGAAGGCACACGUAUUUCCUAGGAAUUGUCCAGCUAAGCAAAGACGUUCUUCAACACAAGCCCGCUUCAUAGCUGACCCACACAAAGCGUAUAUCAGCAUAAGCAUGUGCUAGACAUAAGAAAACAAAGAGAAUCAUAUAAGCAUUCAGAGGAAGACUGUUAAAGAAUUUAAUUUUCAAAUCUAAUAAACGUAAGAUUUCUUAAAAGA